UUGUUUAUCAUUAUGUGUCUGUAUAUCUAACAUGAAAAAAAAGAACACGUUAUAUAUAGUUCAACCACAAGAACUCUAGCUAGGAAAUAAGUGAACCCUACAAAAAGGCCAAACAUAGAAACCCCACAAGACCACAAAUUCAUGUAAGAACAAUUAAGGAAGUGUCAAAAAAAUUGAAAGUGUUAGACGUGUAUAACAUUACACCACUCAUUGGUCACAAAAUGUCACUUUUCAUUUAAUUUUUUUAUAAAUUCAACAAUUGUUAUGAAAGAAAAUCAAGAAAUCUCUCUUAAGCAAGUUGAAUAUCCAUUUCAAGAUUCUAUCAAGAACAACUUUGGAUCUUUGCCAAUGGUGGAUUAUGGAGAAAAAAUAGGUGAUUUUUUCGACUCCACGAAGAAGGAAAAUCAAAAACUCUCUCAUGGUUAUAAACAAGGUGAGUAUCAAGAUCAAGAUUCUAUCAAGAACUUUGAAUCGUUGUCAAUGGUGGAAGAUGGAGAUAAAACAGGCGAUUUUUCCAUUGUAACGGAGAAAUUAGGGUUAUCGGGGCGUGAGAAGUUGAAGAGGCAUUGGAGAGAAGUUGGAGGUAGGGUUUGUGUGCCAGAGAAAUGGGGGAAUGAGGGUUCUUUGAGGGAAUGGAUGGAUUGUUCUUCCUUUGAUAAAAUGCUAGCUCCCAAGGAACUAAAAUCAGCUCGUGAAGCCUUGAUGUCUCAAGGAAAACGAGCACGUUCAGGUUCAACUUCAAGAAUGCUCGAAAUCACAAGUAGAUAGUCAUGGAAGAUCAUAUAUAGUUAGGAAGAAUAAAGAUGUCUCUGGGAAGAUGAGCACAUUCAACUUCAACUUCAAGAAUACUCAGUGACAACAAAAUAAAUGGCUUGAUGUGGCUUAAUUAGCCAAGAUCAUGAAGUGUAGGAUGAGAAUAUUGAUAUUGAGUUAGUAAGGUCAUAAAUUAGGAUAUUUCAAGAAUAAAUGCUUGUCUAGGAGCUUUUAAA